AUGAGUUCCUAUUUUGUGAAUCCCACUUUCCCUGGGAGCCUGCCCAGCGGCCAGGACUCCUUCUUGGGCCAGCUGCCCCUCUACCCGGCCGGCUAUGACACGCUGAGGCCCUUCCCGGCCUCUUACGGGGCAUCGAGUCUUCCGGACAAGACAUACACCUCACCUUGUUUCUACCAACAGUCCAACUCGGUCCUGGCCUGCAACCGGGCAUCCUACGAGUACGGGGCCUCAUGUUUCUAUUCUGAUAAGGACCUCAGUGGCGCCUCACCCUCGGGCAAUAGCAAGCAGAGGGGCCCCGGGGACUACCUGCACUUUUCUCCCGAGCAGCAGUACAAACCUGACAGCAGCAGCGUGCAGGGCAAAGCCCUCCAUGAGGAAAGCACCGACCGGAAGUACACGAGCCCUGUUUACCCCUGGAUGCAGCGGAUGAAUUCCUGUGCGGGUGCGGUGUAUGGGAGUCACGGGCGCAGAGGCCGCCAGACCUACACUCGCUACCAGACGCUGGAGCUCGAAAAGGAAUUCCACUUCAACCGCUACCUGACUCGGAGGCGCCGCAUCGAGAUCGCCAACGCGCUUUGCCUUACGGAGCGCCAGAUCAAGAUCUGGUUCCAGAAUCGGCGCAUGAAGUGGAAAAAGGAAAAUAAACUCAUCAAUUCCACACAACCCAGCGGGGAAGACUCUGAGGCCAAGGCGGGCGAGUAG